GAGCUCCUCCGCCAACUCGCAGCUGCUCCCCAACACCGUGGAGGAUCCGGAUAUCGCGCUAGGCGCGGCCUACGCCUCCAACGGUGACGUGUCCGCCUCGUCGAGCCCGUUGGGUCUCGGGCUGCUCAGACAGCAGAUCAACGGCAGAGUGCACUCCGCCCCGGCCUCAACGGCAGCGGCCUCGUCGCGCGUGGAGGCGGACCGCGCGCUGGAGGGCACCUCCGGCAGCUCCGCGGCCGAGCGGGGCGGAGCCGCCGGGGCCGGCACGCGCCAGCAGGUGUCGCCCCGCGUGGUCCCGCGCAUCUGCCUGCCGAACAGCCAGCCGGUCAGGCAGGCCGAUCAGGCCCCCCUCAUGGGCAACCCGCACUAUGCGCACCUCGGCGACGACCACGACCCGGACAACGUCUGGGUCGCCGUCCCCGACGCGGGGGCGCUGGCGAGCGUGCUGUCAGCGGUGCCAUCCUUCCAGGAGCACGAGGAGUUCAAGGCGCUGGCGCCAGAGCCGCGGCCCACCUCUGCGCGCCCGCAGUCCACGCGCGAGCAGCAGAGCUCGAGGACACAUUCGCGGCCGGGUGAGUUCGUCACUUUCAACGGGCAGCGGCCGUCGCAGGCGCUGUGCCUGCUGGACUCGUCGCCAGUGGACGAAGAUACCGG